CGCGCGCUCCAAGGCGCGGAGCACGCCCGCGUCGCGCGCUCCCCGCGUCGCUCGCUCCCGCGUGCCGCCUCAGCAUCCUCAGCCCCAGCAGCAGCCCCCGCAGUCGCUGGAGCGGCCGCGCCCGCCGCAGGGAGGGAGGAGCAUCUGGGGAGGCUCCAAGUUGGCGGAGCCACUGGGACCCCCUGGACUCUUCAGCGUCCGCCCAAGGAGGGCCUGAGACGCAAGCAGGGGAGGGGGCGCCUCCGGUCCCUAGUCCUAAGCCCUGACCCCCUGCCCGCGGCGGCACCAUGCGCGCUGAGCCGGCGUGACCAGCUCCGCCCGCAGCCUCCCCGCAGCCUAGCUUGGCGCUCUCGCCGGCCACACCGAGCGGCGCCCGGGAGCUAUGAGCCAUGAAGCCGCCCGGCAGCAGCUCCCGGCGGCCGCCCGUGGCGGGCUGCAGCCCUCCGCGAGCUUCCAGCGGCCCCCGCGGCGGCCCCGCCGGCCCGGCGCCUGCCCGCGCCCUGGCCCGCGCGCCGCCCUGCCGCCUGCUUCUCGUCCUUCUCCUGCUGCCUUCACUCGCCACCUCGUCCCGGCCCCGCGCCUGGGGGGCUGCUGCACCCAGCGCUCCGCAUUGGAAUGAAACUGCAGAAAAAAAUUUGGGAGUCCUGGCCGAUGAAGACAACACAUUGCAACAGAAUAGCAGCAGUAAUAUCAGUUACAGCAAUGCAAUGCAGAAAGAAAUCACACUGCCUUCAAGACUCGUAUAUUACAUCAACCAAGACUUGGAAAGCCCUUACCAUGUUCUUGACACAAAGGCAAGACACCAGCAAAAACAUAACAAGGCUGUCCAUCUAGCCCAGGCAAGCUUCCAGAUUGCAGCCUUCGGCGCCAAAUUUAUUCUUGACCUCACACUGAACAAUGGCUUGCUGUCUUCAGAUUACGUGGAGAUUCACUACAAAAAUGGGAAACCACAGUACUCUAAGGGUGGAGAGCACUGUUACUAUCACGGAAGCAUCCGAGGUGUCAAGGACUCUAGGGCAGCUCUGUCGACCUGCAAUGGACUUCAUGGUAUAUUUGAAGAUAAUACGUUUGUGUAUAUGAUAGAACCGCUAGAGCUGAUUCAUGAUGAGAAAAGCACAGGUCGACCACAUAUAAUCCAGAAAACCUUGGCGGGACAAUAUUCUAAGCAAAUGAAGAAUCUCAGUAUGGAAAGCAGUGAACAGUGGCCCUUCCUAUCUGAAUUACAGUGGUUGAAAAGGAGGAGGAAGAGAGCAGUGAAUCCAUCUCGUGGUGUGUUUGAAGAAAUGAAAUACUUGGAACUUAUGAUUGUUAAUGAUCACAAAACGUACAAGAAGUAUCGCUCUUCUCAUGCACACACCAACAACUUUGCAAAAUCUGUGGUCAACCUUGUGGAUUCCAUUUACAAGGAGCAGCUCAAUACCAGGGUUGUUCUAGUGGCUGUAGAGACCUGGACCGAGAAGGAUCAUAUCGACAUCACCACCAACCCUGUGCAGAUGCUCCAUGAAUUCUCCAAAUACCGGCAGCGUAUCAAGCAGCAUGCUGAUGCUGUGCACCUCAUUUCGCGCGUGACAUUCCACUAUAAGAGAAGCAGUCUGAGCUACUUUGGAGGUGUUUGUUCUCGCACAAGGGGAGUUGGUGUGAAUGAGUAUGGUCUUCCAAUGGCAGUGGCACAAGUAUUAUCGCAGAGCCUGGCUCAAAACCUUGGAAUCCAAUGGGAACCUUCUAGCAGAAAGCCAAAAUGUGACUGCACAGAAUACUGGGGUGGCUGCAUCAUGGAGGAAACAGGGGUAUCCCAUUCCCGAAAGUUCUCAAAGUGCAGCAUUUUGGAGUACAGAGACUUUUUACAGAGAGGAGGUGGAGCCUGUCUUUUCAACAGGCCAACAAAGCUAUUUGAGCCCACAGAAUGUGGAAAUGGAUAUGUAGAAGCCGGGGAGGAAUGUGACUGUGGUUUCCAUGUGGAAUGCUAUGGAUUGUGCUGUAAGAAAUGCUCUCUCUCCAAUGGGGCCCAUUGCAGCGACGGGCCCUGCUGUAACAAUACCUCAUGUCUUUUUCAGCCGCGAGGGUAUGAGUGUCGGGAGGCUGUGCAUGGGUGUGAUAUUACCGAAUAUUGUACCGGAGACUCGGGCCAGUGCCCACCAAAUCUUCAUAAGCAAGAUGGAUAUGCAUGCAAUCAAAAUCAGGGCCGCUGCUACAAUGGGGAGUGCAAGACCCGGGAUAACCAGUGUCAGUACAUCUGGGGAACAAAGGCUUCAGGGUCUGACAAGUUCUGUUAUGAAAAGCUGAAUACAGAAGGCACGGAGAAGGGAAACUGUGGCAAAGAUGGAGACCGAUGGAUCCAGUGCAGCAAACAUGAUGUGUUCUGUGGAUUUUUACUCUGUACCAAUCUUACUCGGGCUCCACGUAUUGGUCAACUUCAGGGUGAGAUCAUCCCAACUUCCUUCUACCAUCAAGGCCGAGUGAUUGACUGCAGUGGUGCUCAUGUGGUUUUAGAUGAUGACACAGAUGUGGGCUAUGUGGAAGAUGGGACGCCAUGUGGCCCAUCUAUGAUGUGUUUAGAUCGGAAGUGCCUACAGAUUCAGGCCCUCAAUAUGAGCAGCUGCCCACUCGAUUCCAAGGGUAAAGUCUGUUCAGGCCAUGGGGUGUGUAGUAAUGAAGCCACCUGCAUUUGCGAUUCCACCUGGGCUGGGACAGACUGCAGUAUCCGGGAUCCAGUUAAGAACCGUCAGCCCCCCAAGGAUGAAGGACCCAAGGUGAACAUGGCCACGAGCAGGCUAAUAGGUGCCGUGGCAGGCACCAUUCUGGCCCUGGGGGUGAUUUUUGGAGGCACAGGGUGGGGAAUAGAAAAUGUCAAGAAGAGGAGGUUCGAUCCUAGUCAACAAGGCCCCAUCUGAACCCGCCGCCCUGGAGACACGGUGCCUCAUGCUGUUGGACCUGGGUAUGACAUACUUGUAGCAACGUUGCCAGAACUAUUAAGUCUGUAAACCAGAACACUGAGUGGUGAUGACCACAGAACUAAAGUUGGGUGAUCGGGAUGAGGUCAAAGAAAACUGUCCUUUUUGGAAAUAAUUUCAAAGGACUCCUCCCACCACACGUCAAAAAAAAGCGGCAAAAGACAAUGUUAUAAAAAGAACUAUUUCAGAAUCUUUUUUUUCUUUUCCUAACUAAAGGAAGAAGGAACAACAACAAAAAUUAAGUGCAAUAAAAGAACCAUUAAAAUAGCAAAUGAUUUUUUUUUCCCCCUUCCUCAGCCUGCUGGCACUUAAUAUCUUCUCAAUGAUUUGGCAUGGUUUUUUUUUUUUUUUUUUUUUCUUUUCUUACCAAUGACACACUCCAGUGGCAUGAAGAUCUAAUUUUCGAAAGGGUAAAAUCUGCAUGGCAUAUAUACAACAAACAGCUAGCAAGCCAAUCCGCAGCAAAACCUACAAUUGAAUUCCUAAGAUGACGAUGACAGAUGAACGCAAGAAAGCUGCCUGGCCCCCACCCCCUGGGCUAGACCAGGCCACGAGGAACUCCAGAGAUCCCUGCUCUUGUUGAUUCACUUUCCCAUUGUCUUUUCUCCUGGACCGAGCAUCCUUUGGAAAUGGGAGCUGGAAUCUGAGCGAUGAUGCUAUUGUAUAGUCCUUUUAUAAAUGUAAAUAUGGAAAUAAGAGAUUUUGACACAUCAUUUUCACUUGUCUGUAUUGAAAUAUUUUUCUUGUAAAGGUUCUCUGUAAACUUGAGUUUUUUGUUUGCUCCCCAUCCAUUUGGUUUCUUGUCUCUAUUUUGUUUUCUGUCUCUGUUCUUCUCUCUUGUAACAUGUUCAAUGAUUGUUGGGCUUGCUUAAAAAAGACAUGUAGCCAUAGAUGAAGGGAGUCGGUGCACAAAACACGUUCAAUUUAAAAAUGAAAUGCUCGAAACCAAAAAAUAAACAAGGUGGAGUGGGACACAAAACAACAAAAUAACCCAUGUUAAAAACACAAAAAUGAUGUAAGUGCAAAUAUAUGUACUGAUAAGUCUCUAAAUUUUUUUGAUGUCAUUAUAGACAUAUGUAUAUAAUGUAAGAAAGUAGACACCCUCUCAAAUUAAUCACAAAAGUGCCAAGCUCAUGAUUUUAGUUUUUGGUUUUGACAGUUUUCUUUCCCUGUCUUUAAUGUGAAAGGAGGGUAAACUUAAAGCCUUAAAUCAAAAUUUUUUUUCAAUGUUGAAAGCUUAGGAAAAAAGUUAAUCUUUCCAUUGUAUUCAUAUCUAUUAUUGUCAAUAUGUCAUUCGUGCUUCAUCUUCCUGCCUCAAAAAAAAAAUAUGGUAGAACCCCACUGUAAAACUGGUCAUGGAGACAGAAACAGCAAUUACCUUCUUGUGAGCACUGUUGUAAGAGUCUCUAAUUCUGUAUGUUGUGUUUUUAGCAAACCUCGUUUGGCCCUCAGUGUGUUGCUGGUCUGUGGAAUGUUGCCCUGGACUACACUGGGAUUCUGCUAGAUACAAAGUCACCUUCUUUUCCCUCCAGGCAGAUUUGCAGGUGUAAUUUGGCUUCCCAAGUCCCUCUGAGUUUAUUUCACUUUCACUGAGGUGUCUUCUUCCACGAACAUGGUCAUGAUCGAUUCCUUUCAAGUGUGAAUUAUGUAUGUUAAUAAAGAAAUUUGGUCCUCGCUUUGUUUGGAACGUAAAAACUUGUACACGAUCCAUUCAGUGAGCAUCCCUCUAGAGACGAGCUUUCCUGAAGGUCCCCAAAGAGCCCGUGCUUCUCUAAUGUCCUCUUUUUAGAAACAGGACACUUGUAUUAUUCACUUUGUGACAACCAAAUCAGUGGCUAGAUUUAGUGUUAAGUUCUUUUCAGCAAGAUUUAUGACGCUAGUCUCACAACUUUGGCUUUGACUUUGGAAAGGAUUAUGUCCUAAAAAUGUACUGAUUAAAACAGUGGGGUUUCCCCCCAUAUAUCUUUCAUUGUGGAAGUAUCACAGUCGUAGAGCAGAAACCUUAAUUUCUGUAUGCUACAAUAGACCAUAACCUAACAUCUUAACCCUGUUAUUGCUUUCUGAGUACUAGGUGCUACACAGGUAUGCAGUCUUUCUCUAGAACUAGCUGUGUGUUUAUGUUAUAAUAACGAGGCUCUCCACAGGGUUUAUCAACCUUAUUCUUGGCUUCGUAAGAUUCAAGUUGUAUUCCUCACCUGGUGGCAGCAGCUCUUUCAGCCCGGAGGAAACUCAGAUUACUCAGCAUCUCUUCCUGUCACUGCAUUAUUUAUGUUACUCUGUUGCUGGAUCCUACUCACUAGUGGAUUCUAAGCCACUGCUGAGCACACCAUGUACAUUUUAUUGCUCUUCCAGAGGCACCAAGGUGACUUAAUAGAAACAAAACCAUGGUGGUUACAAAACAAGUUAAAUCUUUAUUAAUUAACUUUUGAGCAUUUCACAAACAACAUUGUAAACGUGCGAUGUUAUGUUUUAAAUCAGACCACAGUGGUCCCCAAAUAUUAUGUACAUAUAUGGCAAAUGUCAAUGUAACUUUUUGUUACACUGGCAGUUUCAUAGGUAACCAAACCUAUGCUCCAAUGUUAAAUUAUGUGUGUGUAUAUGUAAAAUACACGAGCUUUAAGCUAUGUGUGUAUGAAUAUGAACGAUAAUGCAACCAUACCAAUCAUAAACAGUGGAUUAUAAUUAUUUUGGAUAUUAGGUUAUGUAGUUGCAAACUCUUUGCUGUCAUUUCUCUUGCACUUGCCAUUCAUUUGCUGAUUUUUGUAAUGUGAAUACUCCUUUUUAUUAAUUUGAGCUCAAAGCACAAGCAUAUCACCGUUUAAUGUUACCCAACAAGAGUUAGUGUUAAGUGAUGACAAGUUCCCAUUUCACCUGCUAUACUUUUGCUGCAUUGAGUAACGACACAUGGAUGAGAUGUGCGCUAACUUCAUCGCUCACCUGGGAUACUGCAUGAGCCCACUGAACUAGAGCUACUCCUAUUAGAUAAAUGAGCAGUACACAUAGGUGCAUGUUAUGAAACAUGAAUCACAUAGAGCUGUGGAGUUUUACCAAGUGGUAUGUGUGUUUUUUGUUUUUGUUUUUUUACUAUGCAAAGAUGGGCAAUGCACAAACUUUUCAAAGACUAGUGUCUGAAGAACUUUACAAACAAUACUUGAACCCUUUCUUUAAAGUCAUCCCAUCAUAUUUUAUAGUCAUUGUUGCUUCCAUUAUUGAUUUUCAUUUUUAAAUGGUUUGUAAUUUUUUAAAUGCACAACCUGAAGUUUUGUUUGAAGUUAAUGAAUUCAUUCAUAAUCUUGUUGGCUGCCUACGAAGGGAGGUUCAGUGCUCAUUGUAUGCAUCUUUUAGUCAAGUGUGUAUUAAAACUUUUGUUAACAUAAAUGUUGUAGCUUUAUACUUUGAUCAUUUUUCAUAAACCCUUUUUCUGUAUUCUAUUGUAUUGUUGAAUAAAUGGCCAUGCGCCUGAUAUCACCAAGAGUUUUAGCACAGGUCUCUCAAUCAAAGGCUCCCUGAAAAUUUAAGCAGUCAACGGAGCAAAAUAAAAUCUCUGAUUUAUAUUCCCGAUUAGGAUUCAGUUUCAUUGGACGUAUUGGAAAUGCUUUGCUUUUUAUAAGUCAGAAAACAAACGAAACAAAUCAAAACAAAAAAAAACAACAAAAAACCUCCACCUUAGAAUCAUACCAUUAUCAUUUUUUUUCUUUAGUGUCGCUUCUGAGUGUAAAGGGGGUGGCUGGUAAUAACAUCCACACUUUUGACCUGGUACCAAAUUGACAAUCAAGCUGUCAAUAAAAUAGAAUUGUAGGUUAUUCGAAUUGUGUUAUCGAAAACAUUUGAAGGAAUAGAUUUCCUAAUGGCUCACGUAGAAUUGGUCAUCCAGUGAUAAUUCUUCUUCAUGAAUGUCGUCCAG